CUCCAUCUUUUUCAAGUUGAGGAAAAAAAUUGUAUUUGUUCAUAGGUAGGUUGAUUAACAGAAAACUUGAUUGGACAUGAGAUUUAUUGAAAUAUCGCAAGCAGGUGUCAUUUGAACAUCCACAAAUUAGGUCAUGAAUUUGGGGCUGAAAGAUGUGAACAGCACGGGGCUGGGAGGCGGCAUGGAGACCCUGCACGUGCUCACAGACCAGGUGGGCGAAGGAGGAAAGACGGUCCACCCCAUCCCUCUGAUCUCGGUGGACCUCAGCCUUCAGAUCGUGUGGUUCACCGUGCUGGUCAGCAUCUGCUCCAUCUUUGGCACUGUCGGCAACAUCCUUGUUCUGCUCGUCUACGUGCAGCGCAACGACAGGCGCACCGCCAACACCUUCAUCCGGGUGCUGGCCGUCAUCGACCUCGUCGUCUGCGCCAUCAUCAUGCCAUACACCAUCGUCUACGAGCUGCACCUGGUGACCUCCGACCUUCUCUGCCGCGCGGUCGAGCUCCUGCGUCACGUGGCCAUCACGGCGUCCAACCUGACGAUCGUCGCCGUCGCCGUAGAACGCUACGUGGCCGUGUGCGUCAUACGUCACCGUCUGACGGUCCAGAACGUCAACCACGGCAUGAUCGUCGUGGUGGUUGGCUCCGUCGUCAUCUCCCUCCCUUCCAUCGCCGUAUUCGCCGUCGUCAGUGAGGAGGAGGUCAAGGGGUUGCCGUGCUCGCUACCUCAUCAGUUCUCGCCCAACUACACCUUCUGCCACUUCACUCUCACCAUCGCGGGCCCAGUCCUCAGCCGCAGCUACCAGGCCGGUCUCAUGCUCAUCUUCUUUCUCUCCUUCGUCCUCAUCCUCUUCUUCUACGCGCUGGUCUACGUGUCGCUAUGGAGACGCUGCAGACGGCGAGCACGGAACUGCGCGAAGGUCGACUCCGACGUCUCUGAGAUGGAGAAGAAAGAAAGUUCCGUGUCAUUUCCGGAAGGAAUUCAGGACCAGAAAGAACUAUUUCUGCAAGACUUGCAGGGCCUGCUGGAGAAUGUCAACCAGGGGACAAAAUGUUUGAUGCCAGAGCGCGCCACCCGGGAGUCGACCGACCAACCGUUCACAUCCUCACCUGCUGGGGCACCGUUCGGCAUCUCCGUUGCCAGUGGCAACCGCAGGCAGAGCCAGUUGUACACGCGAACUGCCCGGAUGUUGUUUCUGUGUAGCAUCGUCUUUCUGGUCACGUGGCUGCCUUUCUGGGUGGACAUAUUUGGCUUCACUCACAACCUGUGUCUCAGGUACUUGUUUUUCGUGGGCAACGCCUCCAACCCACUGAUAUACGGACUGGCCAAACUCUCACUUCAGACAUUCGUUGAUGAAAGUUUUAUCGAAGUACAAACCUCUGUGGUGCAUGACAUUCAGAAAUGGAGUCAAGUGACAUCAUGUUGAUGUGUAAACUAUUCUAUAGUUUUGUUGUCUGUGGACAAGUGGACAACAAACAAAAUUCCUUCAUCGCAGCAGUCGGUGAAGAACUGUAUGAUGAGCUUUUGAGUUGUUAAAAAAGAGAAGAUAAUGACGAUGAAAAGUGUUUGAUAAACAUUUACAUUCUUGGUGACAAUACUAUAAACCGCA